AAAUGAGAACUGUCAUAAACAGUUCUAAAAGUGCAGUAACAGAAAACCGUAAAUCGAUCGAUACAUCGAUUUUCAGGUUAGUAACCUCUGCGAAGGUGGUCUGGAAUCGUCCGAGCUAGUUGGUUGUUAUACCCAUCGUGGCCCUGCGGAACCACUUCGAGACGACUACAUUGGUCUUAUCGAGACUACAGUAACUAGUCUCGAGCCAUCAAAAACAUAUCGAUUUGACCUACUAGCCACGCCUCUUCAGCGUGCGCAACCGCAAUCACUACCGUAUCGAACGGUAUGGGUGCGAACAGCGAAUUCAUGUUAA